UAACUUACCUAUUUGAACUAUACUUCUCGAAUUGUUUAUAUGGCUACCCUUAGUGCCUAUUUUACAGUACACACUGGCAUACAUGACCUAAUGCCAUUGCCUUCACUCAUGGUGCUGGGGGGUGGAACAAGCACCCCCAGCUCUGACAUCAGAAGACCAACUUGAGUCCUGGUUCUGCGCCUUCUUUAGAAGGAUCAUCUAUAGUCCUAAGAAGGGGCCCUAGGGCAUUUGACUCUGGAGUUGGGGGCCAAUGCUGUGCAUGAAGUUAGGAUCCAGUGCUGAUGUCUCUCCAAAUACCUGUUGAGCCCAUGAAAUACCCUUAAUGUUAUGCUUUAUUCCAGUGACCCGAUUUCCUUGAGAGUGAUUUGGAAAACACUUUAACAUUUACUCAAGGAUUUUCUUGUUCUUUGAAGUGGCACUUAGUCUAUGAGGUUGGCUUAAUGUCAAGGUGAAAUUCUUGAGUAAGAACUGCUAAAGAAUAUGAAUUUAUAACAACUUUGAGAUGCCAGUGACCUCUAGUGCCCAAUACAGCCCUCACUGGGCAAAGUGGCCACACUGGUCACAUAGGUUUUGUAUUCCCGGUUUGUUUCAGAAGUCAGGGGGCUUGGGGACACCACCUGGCAGUGUUCUCUUUCCCUUUUUGCGCCACCCCCCUUGUCUUUUGUUGUUGUGUCUUUUAGGACCAGUCCUGGGAUGAAAAGCUUCAAAGAAGUUGAAACUUUGCAUGUUGGACUCACUUGUAGUGCCUCUGGAAACCAGCCCCUGGGGCUGGGUUUUUAGCUCUAGCCACCAAAUGUCAGGUUUACCAUCCAGUGUCAGGUUUACCAUCCAGUGCUUUCCAACGUUGUUAAACUCAGGGAUAAAGUGAUGACUGACAGCAAGGAUUAACAGAGUAAUGAUUGGGGAAGAGUAGUCAGGUACUCUCCUUUGAAUCCAGGUCCCCUCCCAGAAGAAUGGCUCUAGAGAUGGCUCAGCUGUUAAGAGCGUUUGCUUUUUCUUGCAGAGGACCUAGUUCAGUUCCUAAAAUCCACAGGACCGCUCACAAAGGGUCCAUAACUCCAGUUCCAGGGGAUCUGAUGCCCUCUUGUGGCCUCAUCUGGAACUUCAUGAACAUGGUGCACACACAUAUACAUGCAUGGAAAACAUGUACACACAAAAGUAAACUACAUAAAUCUUUUUAUAAAAAUUCUUCUUUGUAAACUACCACUACUUUAGAUAUAUGCUGACACUCUUGUGACUUCAUUUCAUUUUAUUGCAUUUAAAAUGUAGAUCCAAUUAGAAUUUAAGAGUGAGCUUAAUUUGUGGGACUAUAUUUGCCAUCUUAAUUAUAGGACUAUCUUCUUAUUUUAUAAUUCAUUUCCAUGUUCUUAGAAAUACAUACCAGCAUGAUAAAAUCCCAGAUAGAUAUUCUGGCUUUGUAGAUAGAGACGUUGGGAAGUAAUAAAUACCAAAAGAGGUCAGAAUUUGUCUUAAAGAAGCCUGUUGAACCAGCCGUUUCCCACAUAAUGUGAGUUUGAAACUUCAGUGCCGCUCAAGCUGGGCCACACACCAUGCAUUGCUCACUCGGGCCUUUAGUUUUAAGUUUGUUGUGCCUGUUAACAAAGGGCACACCAGAUCUAUUUUCUUGCGGCAAUUUGGCUGACUUAUAGGAAGUGGCAGAGUCAUAGAAAACCUAAGUGAUAAUUGUAGGCUUAAGAUGGGUUACGAGAUGAAAGAGUUUCAACUGUACAAAGAAAAUGUGUUGUCGUGAGUGCCAGUCAUCGUUGUGAUCGGGAGGAGACACCAACACAUCAUGAAAGAGAAUUUCAUAUGUUUUCGAGCACUUUGCUGCAAGGGACCACCACCUGCGCGCCCUGAAUAUGACUUGGUUUGCAUAGGUCUCACGGGCUCUGGGAAGACCAGUCUGUUGUCCAAGCUCUGCAGCGAAAGCCCGGAGAACGUUGUGUCAACGACAGGUUUUAGUAUAAAGGCAGUGCCAUUCCAGAAUGCUGUUUUGAAUGUAAAGGAACUUGGAGGAGCUGAUAAUAUCCGGAAGUACUGGAGCCGCUACUACCAAGGAUCUCAAGGGGUAAUAUUUGUAUUAGACAGCGCCUCUUCAGAGGAUGAUUUAGAAACUGCUAGAAAUGAACUGCACUCCGCUCUUCAGCACCCACAGUUAUGCACUUUGCCCUUUUUGAUAUUGGCCAAUCAUCAAGACAAGCCAGCAGCUCGCUCAGUACAAGAGAUCAAAAAGUAUUUUGAACUUGAACCACUGGCACGUGGAAAACGCUGGAUCCUGCAGGCCUGCUCUCUGGAUGAUGUGGACACACUGAAGGAUAGCUUCUCCCAGCUCAUAAACUUGUUAGAAGAAAAAGACCACGAGGCGAUGAGAAUGUGAGACCUGACACAAAAGUUCCGGGAAAGCCUUGAACCCACUGUGUUCGUUCCCUAUCCUGAUUCCAUGUUGGUAUCGAGACUGGCCAGGCUUCGGUAUCUGUUUUCCUCUAGCUAUUUCAGACUUUCAUCUCUCUGUUACUGUGACUAUUCUGUAAAUUAGGUGGAUUAUCAUCGGCAUUAACGUCAAGUACACACUACUGAGAGAGAAUCAAUUCUCUGUUUACCACUAAUUAUCUUCACCGCAUGGCUCUUCCUCCUGUUGGUCUAAGAAUCUCUUCCUUGCUUUGUGCUAAAGUGGACGGAACUCACGGCUCAUGGAAAUGAAACCCCUUCUGAAGACCUCAGAAAGGAUCACAUGUCUUCACUAACUUUCCUGGACUUGGGAUCGAAGGAUUCUGAGACUCCACACAAUGUAUACGCCAUUGACAUUUUCAUGAUCUCUUAAGGGGUUCGAGUUUUUUACAUUUUAUUUUAUCUCGUCUGGUUUUCAUAUUAUUUUCUUGUGUGUGUUAGGAUAUUGACUUUGUAGGCUGAGUGAAAAAUGGCCACCCAAAACUUCACCCAAUCACCUUCUCAUAAAUUUGGCUCUGAAAAAACGUAGAAAGUAGACAUGCAAGGACUGCUUGAUCCUGCCUGCAGCCAUGUCCCCUCCCUUAGGAGGAAGGCAUCCUCGCUGAGGGGUGGGAGCCAAUUUAGUCAAGAACAGGCACCGCUGAUUUGUAUUUCAUCAACUCCUCAAAUAUUUCUUAACAUCAUUAGCCUGCAUAAAACCAAGCUGCAACAUAAGCAUUUGCUUUUCCUAAAAAUCAGAAAUGUUUGAAUGAAAUCCAGAAAAUGGCUUUUCAAAUAGCAAACCUAACAGCCAAAGUAUAAUUCAGGCUUAGGACUUAAGCUGGCAUGGAUUCAAUGAAGCUCAAAGAUGAACCCCGUUAUUUAUUCGUCAAAUGCUAAUGUCACUUAGGGGAGUCUGUUCAGGCCUCCAUUGAGUAGUUAAAGGUCUGUCAGUAUUUUUAUUAUAAACCUCUAUUUUCAGGGGUGUCAAUGUGCCCUUAGAGUAUGCUGGGCUACAGCAGAUAAAUAGACUCAGUCUUUGAAACUAAUUUUUCCACGUAAUUUAAAUGAUAAAAUUGCCUAGAAUAAAAUGUACAGUUUUAGUAAGAUUUAGCACCUUUGACCUUUUCUAAAUCAGGACUAAUCUAUGAAUAUUCAGGUUCAUAGAUGAAAUAUUCUUUGGCAUAUCUUGUAGACACUUGACCACUCAUUAAAAUACUAAGUGGCCAAAUGAUAGAAAACUGCUCCUUAUGCCCAAGCAAUAAAAAAAAAAACAAAAAACAAAAAACAAAAACAAAAAAAAAAAUGUCUGUCAUUUUUAGGUAGUGUAGACUGAUAUCCAGAUGCCACAGACUUAAUGCCAUAUUUAUCACAAGGUGACAGGAAACCUUGUGACUCUCCAGAGGAUAGUCCUCAGACCCCUCACAGCACUCAAAUGCAGUAUUUGUGAUUUCAUCUUGUAAGUGGAUUUUAAUAAAAAUAACCCACAUUUCUUUAAGCCUUUUUAAAUAUAUAUACAGCAUGGACCAGAGAAGGACCCAUGAUGGUUCAUUUUGUCUAAAGUACCCCUGACUAUUUUUAAAACUGUGUGAUGAUCCACGGGCAGCACAAAUUUUUAAUCCCCAUGACCAGUUACACAAUUCCUGUUUUUUAUUUUGUCCUCUCUCGCUCAUCUUCCGUGAAAAUAAAUAAAUAAAUGAUUUUUUUUUUCCAGGCUUUGCUCUCCCUGCAAGUUCAUUAAACGUAGAAAGUUGUCUUUUGAAGAUCCUGUGGCUGAGUGCUCCUCGCCAUCUGUUAAAUGACUUCCCGUUGUCUGUGUGUGUUCAUGUGCGCCAGCUAUGGGCUCCUCCACAGCCCUGAGACUGAGACUGUCUGAGGCGGCUUCACAGCCGUCAGAAUGAAAACAUUAUCAAUCAGUACCCAACAACAGCUGUUUUUGACAAGUUUCUGUCUGACGCCUAAUGCUUUACAACUGUCAAUAAGGCUCUUUCUUUGUCUAGCAGGUCGCAGCUCUCUGUCUUACUGUUUCCUCUUGGCAUCCUGGACUCUGUAACCCUAGAAUUUGCUGUGUUUGGGAAACCCAGGUGGGGGAGGGGAGAGGGAAGGGGAGGGAAUGUGCGUCUUGUUCUUACUUUUGUAUAAGGUGCCACAGGUGUCUUGGUUUGCAUAUUCAAAGAUACAGGAAAACAGUCUGUUGUGUAUUUCCUCAGUUAGCAUCUUGUUAUAUUUAUGGAAGUGACCCAUUUUUGUACCUUCUUAGCUUAAGCAGUUGCCUCUUUUUAUACUGGCAAUUAAUUUAUAUAAGACUUUGUAUCUACCAUAGUUUACAGUAUUGGUUGCUGAAUAACUGCCAUAUCACCCUGUCUUUCUAUGGAGAUUUAAUCUAUCCAGACUUAAAAGUUGACAGGUUCAUAUGGGCAUUUGCUAGGCAACAAGAACCUGCCCUAUUCAUGAUUUAUAUGAUUUCCACUGUCUUGCAAUGAAAAUAAAUGCUUAGUAGAA